AUGCUUACGAGCGAUAUACCUCCAAACCAGAUCAUAUACGUCAAGAAUCUGAACGAGAAAGUCAAGAAGUUGAAGAGAUCUCUUUAUGCCUUGUUCUCGCAGUAUGGGAGGAUAUUGGACAUUGUCGCGUUGAAAACUGCAAAGCUUCGUGGGCAGGCAUGGGUUGCGUUCAGUGAUGUGCCAGCCGCAGGCAAUGCAGUACGACAGAUGCAGAACUUCCCUUUUUAUGACAAGCCUAUCAGGAUCCAAUAUGCUAAAACAGAAUCAGAUUGUAUUGCUAAGGCAGAGGGUACCUAUGACAAGAAAAAGAAGCAAGAGGAGAAAGCUGAGAGAAAGAAACGUGCUGAAGAAGGUCAGCAGACUGCCACUGCUAAUGGUUCCAAAGCCGACACUUAUGGAGUCCCAUCUGCUGCUCCUCGGCCAGGAAAGUCCGGCACACAAGAGGCAGUCACUGAGCCCAAUAACAUUCUGUUCGUUCAAAAUCUACCGCCAGAAACAAAUAGCCUUACGUUGGAAUCGUUUUUCAAAAAGUUUGAUGGCUACAGAGAAGUUCGAAUGAUUGAAGCAAAGCCGGGUAUUGCCUUUGUGGAAUAUGAAAACGAGGCCUCGGCCUUCGCUGCCAUGGAGAGCCUUCAGGCCUUCAGAAUCACCCGCCAUUAUCCAAUGGCCAUCACAUAUGCCAAAAAGUAA